AUGACUGCCUUCACCAUUCCCCGACCCAGUCGUUCCCCAAGGGCCUCGUCUGCUCCUCGACCUACCUCUUCUGCUCGCCCCAGGGCCGCACCGGCUUCCCGACCUGCCUCCUCUACGCGCUCCCAGGCCUCGCCUACUUCCUGGCCUGCCUCCUCUACUCAUCCCCGAACCACGCCUACUUCCCGACCUGCAUCAUCUGUUCCUCUCCGACAGGACAUUCCUUCCCCCCUUACUUCUGGCCCUGGUCGUGGACGUGGUCGAAGAUCAGCCAAUGUAACUUACGCCAGCCCUGCCUUCAGAGAAGCAUCUCAGGUGGAUAGUCGGGCACGUUCUGUAAAUGACCGCUCAAGUCGGGAUACACCUUCUUCUUCUCGGCGCAGGUCUCGGCUACCUUCUGAGGAUUCUGAUUCGGACGAUCAGCCUUUGGCUCACAGAGUUCGCCGAAGAACUACCACUCCUAGACAAGACUUGGGCCCUUCUCCUGUUCCUCAUCCUUCGCCUCCUGUUGCAAUCACCACUCCUAUCACGAGCCAGGCAGAUACUCCUCCUGCUCCUCCUGAGGUUCCGGCCGAGCUACCACUAGCUCAACCUUCAUUCUCACAGCCUCCUGCUCCUCCUGAGGUCUCGGCUGAGCCACCACUAGCUCAACCAUCAUUCUCACAACCUCCUGCUCCUCCUGAGGUCCUGGCCGAGCCACCACUGGCUCAACCUUCAUUCUCACAACAGCACUGUAGCACCGAAGCAGACCCCUCACAUCACCCUUCACCAAAUACCUCACCUCAAGAGCCUUCCCAUGUGCCCCCUUCAGCUCCCUCUGGCUCAACUAUUGGUCCUUCACAGCCACCACCACCUGCUCAUCACCAUUACCAUACCACUACCCCUUUUAAGACUAGGUUAAGGUCAAGGCAAGACGUUCCCACCAGCACCUUGAUAAUGAAAGGUCAUUUAGCCCCUUUAUGGGAAGAAAGUAUGCACCAGAUGGAACUCUUGCCGCCACCUGCCCAAAUGGAUAGAUUCUCAGAGCUGUAUAUCAAGGCUUGUGAAGAGUCCUUGAUAAUAAAUCAAUCCUUUCAUGCCACUCAUUACCAGAAUAAAGUGCUGCGGGCAGGGUAA